GAGGCCGCUGCUGUGCGGAGACCGCCAGGUGAAGCCACCGUCAUCAUGUCUGACCAGGAGGCAAAACCUUCAACCGAAGACUUGGGGGAUAAGAAGGAAGGAGAAUACCUUAAACUCAAAGUCAUUGGACAGGAUAGCAGUGAGAUUCACUUCAAAGUGAAAAUGACAACACAUCUCAAGAAACUCAAAGAAUCAUACUGUCAAAGACAGGGAGUUCCAAUGAAUUCACUCAGGUUUCUCUUUGAAGGACAGAGAAUUGCUGAUAAUCAUAGUCCAAAAGAACUGGGAAUGGAGGAAGAAGAUGUGAUUGAAGUUUAUCAGGAACAAACGGGGGGUCAUUCAACAGUUUAGUUUUUAAAUCUGAGGGUUUGGACCAAAAGAAGAGGAGUAUCAAGUUGGAGUCAAGAUUAUAGAUAAGGUGAGAAUAAUGACUAACUCCAAAGAUGGCUUCAUUGAAGAGAAGGCAUUUUAAGAUUUUUUAAGGAUCUUGUUGG